AUGACUGUCAGUCAUCCCAAAGAUGUUUUGAACACCAUCAAUUUCGUCACACAAUGCGUGGAAGACUGGUCAUGUCUUACAGCAUGGGUUCUGUUUAUGGGAUACUGUGGCAUUGCCAUUGCCGUGGGUCACUAUGGCGGGGGUUACCACAUCGAUGAUGUCUCUGAAGCACACCAGGUUCUCUUUCGCAAGUUCUGUUACAUCGCCACCGUUCUUUACUGCCCCAUGGCACUCUUCGUCAAGAUCGCACUCCUUUCUAUCCUCAUUCGCAUCUUCAAUCCUUACCGUUCCAAAAUUUACUUCAUCUACGGCCUUCUUGGCUGUCUCUGCAUAUACUACAUUGUCGCCGAGAUCGUCAAGAUUCGCAUGUGCGACCCGGUUCCGGCAUACUGGACGCAGGAUCCAAAGGCACGUUGUCUCAAUCAACGGGCCGCCCUGAUUGCCGACUCUGUCAUCAGUGUGGUGACCGACUUUAUCAUCUUGAUUUUACCUCUUCCCCUCACCUGGUCGCUGCAGAUGUCCCGGAAUAAGAAGUUGCGGGUCAUCGGCAUGUUGUCGGCGGGUGGUCUGGCCACGGCCUUCAGUUUGUACCGGCUGGUUCUGGUCUUGCGUGACGGUAGUUCCAGGGACCAGACUAUUGUCUUUAUGAUCGUGAUUCUGUCAGGAAACGCCGAAGGAGGCGUGGCCAUGAUCUGUGCUUGUCUGCCCACGGUCAACAUCCUCAUCAACAAACUCCGCAAGAAGGAGUACAGCUCUCAACGCUAUUACGAACCGGAGUCCUCUGUCAACCUUAGCAAACUCAAAGGAAGCAACAAGCGAUUCUCCCUCGGUAAUUCCCGUCGCGCCGAUGGCACCGAGUCCGCCUCCGACCAGUCACAUCUGAUUACAUUUGCAGGGACGGUCGAUAUGGCAGGCGGUAAUGACACUGGAGGUAUUCACAAGACGGUGGACGUGUCACAGACGAUAGAGAUGGUGGCCGAUGGUGAUAGUCAUGAAAGCCACCAUCAUGGCAGUUUUCACUAA